AUGGGGUUUUUUGCUCCAACAGAACGUAAUAAGCCUGUAAAUGACCGUCGCCGACCUCCCUACUAUGAUCCAACUCUAGGACAUGGACGAUUGUUUAGUUCUGUACAAGCUGCUGAACAAGUUUCAACACAGGAUGCAACUAAAUUUGAAAAGGAACCACCAAAGGUGACAAAACUUGACAACCAAUUAACUGUUGCAUCAAUUGAAAAUGCUUCACUCAUAUCAAGAGUGGGAAUAGCUGUGAAGGCAGGAGCACGGUUCGAACAUGCAGGUUAUAAUGGCAUCACUCAUUUCUUUAGGAAUGCACUUGCUGUGACGACUGCUACAACACAUUGUGUAUCGGUUGUCAGAGAGCUCCAGAAAUAUGGCUGCAACCUGAGUUGUACUUCAAACAGAGAAUACAUAUUUUAUCAAGUUGAAGGCACAAGAGACACAAUAGAAAGGGGUGUCGACAUGAUGACAACAGUUUUAUCUGAGCCUUUAUACUAUAAGCACGAGAUUGCUGGAGUAGCUAACCUUGUGAAUUUAGAUGUUCAAAGUUUAUCACCUGAAGCCAUGGUAAUGGAAGACCUGCAUGCUACAGCAUUCACAGGUGGUAUGGCAAAUUCCAUUUAUUGUCCACAACACCAGAUUUCAAACAUCAAUGCAGACAUGAUGCAUGCAUACAGACUGUCUCUCUUCAAGGAGCCAAGGAUGGCCUUUGUAGGGCUGGGAGUCAAUUCUGAUUUCUUAGUUGAAAGAGCGAAGCAGUAUCCUGCUAGUCUGGGUUUAUUAGGAACACCAAAAGAAAUUCCUUCUAAAUAUGUUGGCGGAGAAAGCAGAGUACAAACUGGUGGUGAUCUGGCAUAUGCCUUUCUAGUGACAGAAGGACCAAGCAUGACGAGCAAAGACGCAGCAGCUGCAGCAGUGCUACAGUAUGUUAUGGGUAUGGGAUCUGUUGUCAAGUACAGUCCAGGCAUUGUCAGUAGACUUGGAAAAGCUGUGAACACUGCCGUGGGAAAUGAUAAUUUUGCGGUAUCUGCUGUAAAUCUGCCAUACUCUGACACUGGCUUGUUUGGAUUCUCAGUGACUGGCAAUGCUUCAGAUAUUGGAACAAUUGUGAAAGCAGCAGCAGCAGAAUUUGCAUCUGUAACAAAGGCUGGUGCUAUAUCUGAUGAGGCUGUCAAUAAUGCCAAGAAUCGACUCAAAUCAGCCUUACAUAUGGAGUAUGAUGAUACAGCCAACUUAAUAAACAGCAUGGCUGUAGAAUCUUUGACUACAGGAAAUGUAACAGAAGUCGCCGCAUUAUCACAGAUUGUGGACAGCGUGUCAACAGCAGAUGUAGUUAAUGUUGCCAAGAAGACUAUCAAUGGAAAACCAACCCUGGCUAGCAGAGGAAACCUCAGCUGGAUGCCACGCUUGGUAGAUCUGAUGUAGACAGUCAGAGGAUGUACUCUCCUGAUUCCUUGGCGUGCAUUGUUUUGGUUCACUUCUAUUUGGGGACUAUGAUAUGUUGCAGGACAUUUAUGCAACAUAUCCUUUAAUGAAGUGCAUUGAAAAUAGUGUUUGAAUGGACAUUUAUGAAAAUUGUUGUAAAAAAACAAAAAACUGAUAAAAAAAUCGAAAUAAAGAAUGUAUUUAUUACGUGUUA